AUAAAAAUAUUUAUGUAAGUUACAUAUUCACGUCUACAGAAUGGAUCAAAAUAUAUAAGUUUAAAAUUAAAUGUUGUCUUAAAAUUGGAGUAUUUAAAAUCGCGGGGACAACAAAUAUCAAGUUACUAUUCUCCUUUGUAACUUGUAUUAAUUUUUGUUGUAAGUUGAAAGUAGAAAAAUCACCAUGGAUGCUACAGGCUCGAUAAACAAUGACGAGAUUGAGACUAUGGAAAACGAAGAGGAGGUCAUUGAUGAUUCAGAAGAAAGGGAACUUGUGACGGAUUCUUGCUCUACAAAAGUAUUGAAUAGUGAGGAACAACCGACCGAUAGAUAUAGACUUGUUUACAUACUUUUCUAUCUUUUCGGCAUCACAUCGCUUGUGCCAUGGAAUUUCCUUAUAACUGCAAACGACUACUGGAUGUACAAGUUCCGAGAUGUGACACCCAACAAUGUGACAAUGUUUGUGCGCAAGACUCAAUUCCAAGCUGAAUUCACAUCCUACCUCAAUGUAGCCACCGCUAUACCCAACUUGAUCUUCCUUGUUCUUAACUCUUUGUAUGGACAUUUGGUACCGUUGAAGACUAGACUGCAAGGAUCUCUAGUAGUGGUGACCUUGACCUUCCUGUUCACCACUGCACUGGUACAAGUUGACUCCGAUGAAUGGCAGAGCACAUUCUUUAUCAUCACAAUUGUGACAGUUGUUAUUAUGACUGCUGCGAGCGCAGUAUUUACUGGUGGUAUAGUUGGUAUUGCCAGUAAAUUCUCUAAGGAAUAUAUGGCUGCGGUUGUCGCCGGACAAUCUUUAGGUGGAAUUAUAGCCGCCAUUGCACAAAUUAUAUCUCUAGCUUUCAAAAUAUCCCCAUUACAUAGUGCAUUGAUUUAUUUCAUAAUAGCAGAUAUAGUUGUUAUAAUAUCUAUGAUUUCUUAUGCUUUAUUAUACAAGAUAGAUUUCUUUACUUAUCAUAUUUUACGUGGUAAUGGUAUGGCGUCUAAUAGACAUAGAGAUGUGUCUAUUGUUGUGAUAAUGAAGAAGAUAUGGGUGUACGCGUUCAGUAUAUUUGCCGUGUUCGCGAUCAGUAUGGCUGUGUAUCCAGCUGUUACUGUACUGGUCGAAUCUCAUCCCGUUACUAAAGGAACUGAUUGGAAUAAUAUUUUCUUUGUUCCCGUUGUGAAUUAUUUGAUAUUCAACUGUGGUGAUUAUUCCGGUCGUUUGGCCGCUGGAUUUCUGCUGAGGCCAACCAAUCAAUGGUUGAUAGCGGUGGCCAGUGUAUUGAGGGUCAUUGGCGUACCCAUGCUGAUGCUGUGCAACGCUCAGCCUCGCAAACAUCUCCCAGUGCUCUUCCUCUGGGAUUACGAGUACAUUAUCAUUAUGAUACUGUUUGCAUUCUCUAAUGGAUAUCUCACUAACAUCGUCAUGAUUAAUGCUACAAGAGUGGUAGAUAUACACGAGCGUGAGAAAGCAUCUUCAGUGAUAGCGACGAUGCUCUGCGUCGGCCUCACUGUAGGUGCGGCUAUAGGCAUGCUGCUUGUACGACUAUUGUAAUUUUAUUAUUGACGGCAUUAUAAUAAUUUAGUAUUAAUUAAA